AAUCUUCCUUUCUUUCUGAAGUUCAGAGGAAUACUUGAACCCAGAAGAGAAGCUUUCUGAUUAGGUGCUGCUGCCAAACAAGAUGGAAGAUUCUCCAGCUGGCCUGGACCUCAGCCGUUGUCAGGAACAGACGGAACGUGCAGAUUUUCAGGAUAUUUUGACUGAUGGCAAUUCUAACACUUCCCAUGAAAUGGAAAACAUGGACAACAGUGAAGAUGCAAAAGAAUAUAAUUUGACUAAUGGAAGAGGGAGAGAAGAAGAUAGUUUACUUAAAGUCAAAGGUGAAUAUGAUGAAAAAGAAGAUGGAGCUCUGAAUUCUGAGCCAGUGGAAACUCGAGAAGAACCUGGGAUCCUUUACAACUGCAGGCAGGAAUAUGGAGAAUAUGACAACAUUGAACUGGAGAGGCAUUCUGAGCCCUAUGACCUCGUCAAAUCAAAUACUGGAAAACUGAAGUGUGACAUUUGUGGAUUGGGCUGUGUCAGCCUCAACGUUCUGAUGGUUCACAAACGCAGCCACACGGGUGAGCGUCCUUUCCACUGCAAUCAGUGUGGAGCCUCAUUUACUCAGAAGGGAAAUCUUCUCCGCCAUGUUAAGCUUCACACUGGAGAAAAGCCAUUCAAAUGUCACCUUUGUAGCUACGCCUGUCAAAGAAGAGAUGCGCUCACAGGUCACUUAAGGACACAUUCUGUGGAGAAACCAUUCAAGUGCGAAUUCUGUGGACGGAGUUAUAAGCAGAGAAGUUCAUUGGAGGAACACAAAGAAAGAUGUCGGACAUACCUGCAGAAUGCUAGCCUCAGUGAAGCUGAAAGUGCAGAGAGAAGGCACAUCAGACCUGAAAUGGGGACUGAGAGGGCCCUUGUCCUGGACCGCUUAGCAAGCAACGUUGCCAAACGAAAAAGUUCCAUGCCACAGAAAUUUAUUGGUGAAAAACACCCCAACUUUGAAGUGAAUUACAACCCUGGCUUUUUAUAUGAAAAGGAGAGAGAUGCCAUGCUGCAAGGAUGCAUGGUGGACCAAACCAUCAACAAUGCCAUUGGCUACCUUGGUGCAGAAGCACUGCGCCCACUUGUGCAGACCUCAACUGCUCCAACUUCGGAGAUGGUGCCUGUGAUCAGCAGCCUGUACCCCCUUUCGCUCACUCGCACUGAAAUGUCCAGUAGUAACCCACAGAACAUGGAAAAGAGUAACACCCAACUGAGAGACAAGACUAUACCUACUGACCAAGGUCUUUCUCCAAACAAUAGUGGUCAAGAUUCUACAGAUUCAGACAGCAAUCAAGAAGAGAACCAGAAUCAUGUCUACCUUCAUAAUCAAAUGGCUCCUCCUCCUUUGCAGGCCAGGAAUGGACUCUUGACUUUCAAGGAACACCCUAGAGCAUAUGACAUCUUCAGACAGCCAACCAUUUGUCCUCGUGAUGUCUUGAAAGUGUUCAACAAAGAAGGCGAACCCAUCGGAGUCUAUCGAUGUGAUCACUGUCGUGUCCUUUUCCUGGAUUAUGUUAUGUUCACUAUCCACAUGGGAUGUCAUGGUUUCCGUGACCCUUUUGAAUGUAACAUGUGUGGCCACAGGAGCCAUGAUAAAUAUGAGUUCUCCUCUCACAUAGUUCGGGGUGAGCACAGAAUGGGGCUGAAAUGAGGGCAAAAUUACUCCAUUAUUUUUUGAGAGACUCAGUGUGCAUCUAUACUGCAAAAUCAACCAGUUGGAAGUGUAUUCAGUUAUUGAGGUUUCUCAAAAAACAAAACAAAACAAAUCUGGGCACUGUCAUUUUCUGAACAUGCAAUCAUAUGGAUGUUUUUAUGACAUUCAUUUAUAGAACUAAAGUGUUCAGCAUUCUUUGACCAGGAGUCAAGAAGGUUAAACAGAUUGUAAUUUCUAAUAUAAACAGCAUAAUCAGAUUUUUUAAAAACAAGAAUCUUCUUAAAUUUUAAACUUUUCAGAGAAACUGGUUCAGUUGUCAAUGAUUCUUUGCUUUUCAACAUUUUACUAGCUGUGUACUGACAUUUGGCACAGUCAUCUUUUGUCUAGUUGAACACGUUUUGGAUGUCUUUGGGCAAAGAUUUUACUGCAUUAUACUGCUGUCUAAACUCCAGCAAACUUUACUGUCUAGUUGCACUGUAUCUUUUUUAAGGAAAACAAAGGUUGCUCCCAGACUAGACUUCUAUUAAGUAGUCAAGCUGCCUUAGUCACCGAGUUCUACUGAAUGUCCAAAUGACAUCAUCUUCUAUUUCUAAUUUUUUUGUCUCAGAAGUCCAAUAAAGAAAUAAAACUGAAAUAGCUCCACAAUGCCUUUUAGCAGCACGCUGGAAGCACAUAAUGAUGAUAUAUAUAAAAGUAUAAUGAUGAAACUGAAGGGAGGCCUCAUUUUCUUACAGGAAGAAAUUACAAUAUAGCAAACUUCUGGGACUCACAGUAUUAGGACUUAAGAAAUGCCAAUAAGAAGUGAGUUUUUAAAAUGUGGAAACCUGUUGUUGGUUUGGAGUCUAAGCCAUUACAAAGCCAAAGUAUUGAAGAUGUGACCCACUGCCAUCCUUAGUAUUAAAGAUAGGUUUAGGGACAGUGCUAUAGAAAUGGUUGACAUAAUCAUGGUUUUGGACAUCCAUGAAAAAAUGAGGGUAUAUAAGCACAUGGACAUGGGAUAAAGAUUUGUAAAGGAAAAGUUGAAGAAUUCUUUAUAUAUGCCAUUCUUUGAUACAGGCACUGUAAUAUUUACUUUUGGCAGAUAGAUAUUUGAAUAGUCAUGUGUCAUAAGGAUAUUUGUCAAAUUUGCUGGGAAUGCCUUCAGCUUUUGUUGAAAAAUAUUGAGUAUGCAAGAUGGGCAGCUGGGAUUUGUUGUUGUGCCAUGAAUGAAGUUACCAUAUAGUAGUGUCACAAUCCUUAAGCACCAUUGCACGAGGCAAAGGUAGUCUGUUAGCUAUAAAAUCACACCAAGCAGAGGGCAAUUUCAUUGCCUUCUGUCCUUCAAGAUAAACUCUGGAUUUGAUGAGGGGAUAGGGAAAGGGGGGAAAAUGAAGACUUGCCACCAAAUUUCUCUGAAAAUCACAUUUUCAGUGAAACGUCAAAGUUUCUGCUGGAGCAAAAUGGCAGAGGAAUAUUGAAGGAAUAUUGAGAUAUCAUGAGCAGCAAAAUUUUUCAACGGGGAAGGGGAAAAAUCCAAUACAUGCUAAGAAAUUUUCCUCAGCAUCAGCUUUCAACAUGUAUUAUUUUUUUCUUCAAAGAAUUCUGAAGAAAGAAAGUAAAGUUUCUAUAAGGCUAGAGAAAUUACUCAGGCCAGUGGGGGAAGAUCUGCAUUGCUAUGCUAGUAACUUUUCACUGGAAUUUGUUCUGCCCCCUUUCAUUUUAAGACUCCUGGAAGAACAAAGCUUUUCUCUCACCUGAUAAACAAAAUACCCAAAUAGCUUUAAUAUUAUCAGGUAAUAGCUAAUAUAUUCUGGUAUCUGGAAAUACUGUUCAUGGACAUUGCUGCUUCAACCAAUGGCUGGUCAGAACUCUUCUCUAGAGAAACUCAGUGGCGUGUUUGGCUUUAAAUGUAAAUCUCUGCUGUUCUGUUCUUGAGGUAGAUAGUGAUAAAAAUUUGGUAUCUAGUUGUUGGGGUUGUUGUGUAAAUUGUUCAUUUCAAAGCCUUUUCUUCAAUGUAAAGUAGUAGAUAUAUUUUUAA